UAUAUAUAAUACAUUUUAAAAAGUGUGGAUUUUCUCCAUCGCAUGCUUUGACGAGAGAACCUAAUAUCCAAUAUAAACUAGUUUUACCUCCGUACUUCACGGAUGACGCAAAGCAUGUGAAAUAGGGCGUAAUGAUGACGCUAGGUCCGUGCAAAAAAAAAAAAAAAAAAAAAAAAAAAAAAAAAAAAAAAAAGAUGACGCUUGGUCAGUGCACUCAUUUCGCUGUGUAGGACCUUGCGGGGCCUCAUCUUUUCAAUGCGUGAACAAUGUAUGUAUAGGAAUUGCCGUAGUUCUGCUGAUAGGACGAGACCCCUCGCAUGAAGUAAGUUUCUAUCUAUGGGCAUUACUUGCAACUGUAGCCGCUGCAAGAGCGAGUGGCCGUUUGAUUUCCGGGCCGGCGACGUAAUUCAUGGCAAACAACGAAAAGAGGAUGAAAAGAACAUGAUUAGCACCGAUGGCCUCUCUAAAUGCGAGGCGACCCGGCGCAAGACGGGAAAAAGGCCUAUGGGGGAGAUGUUGCACCUUCUGUCCGCUGUCAUUGUCUGGCUUGUGACGGGGACGACCAUCUCCAGUCUUAACAAAUGGAUAUUUGCAGUGUACAACUUCAGGUACCCCUUACUGCUAUCGGCCCUGCACAUGUUGACAGCAAUAGUGGUGGACUUUUGGCUUAUUAAACUUCGAAUGCUCCAGCACAAAGGCGGUGUUGACAAGCAUAAAGACCUUACCAACAGCGCCAAAUGGAAGGUGUUUCUAUUGAGCUUGACAUUUUGUGCCAGCAUUGCGUUUGGCAACGUGGGUCUGAACUAUGUCCAGCUGUCAUUUGCCCAAAUUAUCUACACCACCACGCCAAUCUUCACCCUGGCGAUUUCCACCCUUAUCUUGGGCAAGCAGCAUCACAUCCUGAAAUACACGGCCAUGAUGCCCAUCUGUCUGGGAGCCUCGUUCAGCAUCAUGGGCGAGGUCCAGUAUGACCAGACCGGUUGCUUCUUCGUAUUCGCUGCGACAAUGUUGAGAGGUGUCAAAACCAUCCAGCAAAGUAUCUUGCUCCAGGAGGAGAAGAUCAACUCUGUGUUCCUGCUCUACCUGAUGUCCAUCCCCAGUUUCUGCAUCCUGGCCGUAGCUGCUCUGGCCCUGGAGAACUGGGCCGUGCUCGAGUCUCCAAUGCAUUAUGACCACAACUUGUGGCUCUUCAUCCUGCUCAGCUGCCUGGGCUCUGUCAUGUACAACCUGGCCAGCUGCUGCGUCAUAACCCUCACCUCCGCCGUCACCCUGCACAUCCUCGGCAACCUGAGCGUGGUGGGCAACCUGCUGCUCUCCCAGCUGCUGUUCGGCAACGAGAUGUCAGCGCUCAGCUGCGUCGGCGUGGCACUCACACUCUCCGGCAUGCUCAUCUACCAGAACUCUGAAUUUAUCUCAGACUACAUGGACGCACGGCGAGACAAAGCCAGGGCGCUCAUUCGUGGGAGGGAGGAGGACAUCGCUGGCCCAUCACAACCCCCCCAAGACCAGCAGGGGAGCAGGGAUGCCGAUGGCAAGCGAGAGGACAAGAUAGACUGACAGAGAAGGAGGAUAGGAGUUGGACUGUUUACAGCAACCCUGUCCUUCGGGGUUAGUUAAGUCAGGUGGUUCUGUGGAGAGGAUCAGGAGAUGAGCUUCAACCUCGAGGUCAUAGUUGAUAAUGACAUGAGUGACAGAACUUGUUUGUUGGGUCGUUUUUACCUCUUCACUGUGCCAAUGUAUUUAUUUCUGCCAUGGUCUCAUAGAAGUCAGUCUAGGCCAGCUGACAAAAAAAAUCUGAUGCCUUUAUGAAAGUGACAGUUGAGUUUUCACUGUUCUAAUACCCAUACGUGCACACAUCCUGGUAUAUGCAUGCAUUAGCACACAAUGUGAUAUAUCUCAUGAGGUGUUGCUCUCACUACUCCACUGUGAAAAUGUUCAACAUGAGUGAGUGCUCAAUGGGUUGUUGGGAGGGAAGGACUAGGAACACCUCCUAUAGUUGGGCACAAAUAAAAUAAAAUAAGCAUGGUACUGUUACCUAUCCUUCCCCUGGUCUUGUAUCAGUGUGAAUGAGGUUUCCUGGCAGCUUUUAUGUGGUGGAUCUUAAUAUGGGGGUGUAGCAUUUGUUCUAGUGCUAUAGCUUUUGUCUAGAUAACGUUUACAAUGGCGGAGACAUGCAAGCUAACAGGGUCAUCAUAUCAUUUCUGUUGGCUGUUUGUAGGCAUGGAGGUCAGUGAGCCACACUGUUAAUCUACUGCAUGGUGAAGCGCAGAUCUGAGGCAAGCACUUUGUCCUGCUCAGCAACCUCUUAUUGCAUUUCCUCUUAAUAAAAGGAACCUAUUAUAAUGAGUUUAAUAACCUCCAACCUGAACAGCAGUUCUCACUGCAGAAAACCUCUAUUAUUAGGCCCAUUCACUCUAAGGAGUCUCACUCAUCUUUAGUACAGUUCUUUUCUUCUGGGAGAGAUCAUAAAAAGGAUUUCAUGAUCCUCCUUACUGCUACUCCUGGGCCGAACAAAUGUCUACUCUGCCAGGUUUCAUGUCUCCACUCAGAGGGUGCCUCUAUUUUUAACCUUUUACGUUUAGUCUCCCUUAACCUCUGCUGGACAGUGUUAUUGUAAAUCCCAUUACAAUACAUUUGAAUAUUUAUUAAGACAUUUUAGUUUUAUUGUUUAUUUUUCUUCUGCUUUUUGAACUGGGUAAGGGACCUUGCUGUUUAUGGGUCUUAGAAAGGACAAAGGAUGUUUUAGUUUUGCCAUCUACGUUUAAAAAAAAAAUAUAUAUGUAAUUGAAGUUUGAAAGCGCUUACAGUAUCUUGUCUAUAGCAGGGUUUCCCAAAGUUGGUCCUGCCCCCCCCCGACUGGGUGUACGGUUGGAGCUUUUUUUGCCUGUACCACUACACAGCUAAUUCAAAUAAUCAAAGCUUGAUGAUGAGUUGGUUAUUUGAAUCAGCUGUGUAGGAGGGGGGGUUGGGAAACCCUGGUCUAUAGCACUGACAUGACAGUGGUCACUCAGUAGCUGGAGGUCUAAUCAACUGGUCUGCCACUUGGCAAACAGGCAUGUGACUGGAGGUCUUGCAUAACUCAGAUCCAGGUGUAAAAUUGCAUGUAUAGUCAAUGUACAGAAAUGAGCUUAUGAAGAUGUUUCUAAUCUUCCUUCCCCAGUCAAAAUAACCUUCCAGUGUGCCGAACAUUGACUACUUUGUUUAGCUUCUGUUCAGUUCAGCCUCGGAUAGACACUGGACAACAAAGUUGCUCUCUAAUGGGAAAUGGUUAUAUAUAUAUUUUGUUACCCACCUGUUCUUUUUCCCCCUAAUAUGUUGCCAUAUGCACAGCAGUAGACACAGAAUGAUUUGUUGCCAGCCUCGACCUGAUAAAUGAGACGUUGGAAUGAAGAUCAGAUUCAUGCCAGUCACCCAUUUGUUUUAACAUUCAAGAGUUGUAUCAAGAGGGUCUUGUUAUUGAUGUUAGUUUAAAUACCUCAGUCUUCAACAUGGCUUGUUAAAGACCAUUUGUUUAAUAACUUAUGUAAGUUAGCAGUUGAAGAGAGAUCAAGCAGCUGAAAGCAUGUCUGCCCACAACCACGGUUUGUCAACUGUUUAUAAUCUGUUAAAUUGCCUACUGUUUUUAAAAGCCAAUUUGAUUUAGUACCUUUGGAUUGACGAUGAGGGCUUUUCAAUCACACAGCCCUUAGAAUAUAUAUAUAUAUAUAUCUGACUGUACCAGCUUCACAGAUCGUGGUUUGAUUUGUUCAUACGGAGUUAUCUUUUGAGGGUGGGGCAAAGCUCAUAUUGCACUGACGAGUUUUGGAGAUGCUGCCUUUACAGCAUAGGGCUCAUGUGUAUGUACUGUUUUUGAUGUCUGCAAAAGUUAAAUGUAAAUCAUUUUAUUAUAUUUAUGUAUUUUACAAUCAUGGCUGGCUCAAAUAUAUACUGGUUCAAGAA